UCCUAGUUCGUACGCCAAAGUCAACACUUUCAUAUAAAUAUCUGCUUGUGAGCAAGUACGUUCUUAUGUCAGUUGUACAGUUUAAUUCAGGUACAAACGAACAUAGCGAAAUUUAUUUUGGGACAUCUUUGUGAUACUGUUGGGCGGUUUCACGCGCAUUAAAAAGUCCCUGUUAACGGACACCUCGGAAGGAUACACCAACGACACAAAUAAAGCCCGCGCCCUUUGUUCUGGUGGCGCAGUUGCACUUUGGUAGCCGUGUGGUUCGAGGUAACUGAUUGAAUCUCGCGCAGGACCCGCUCGUCAGCAAACAUGCAGAUAUUUGUGAAAACUCUCACUGGGAAGACCAUCACACUUGAAGUUGAGCCAAGUGACACAAUUGAGAAUGUGAAAGCUAAAAUCCAAGAUAAAGAAGGCAUUCCCCCUGACCAACAAAGGUUGAUCUUCGCUGGCAAACAGCUGGAGGAUGGACGAACCCUGUCAGAUUACAACAUUCAAAAGGAAUCCACUCUGCACUUGGUUCUCCGUUUGAGAGGGGGGAUGCAGAUAUUUGUGAAGACCCUGACAGGGAAGACAAUUACUCUUGAGGUGGAGCCAAGUGACACUAUUGAGAAUGUAAAGGCAAAAAUCCAAGACAAAGAAGGUAUUCCCCCUGACCAGCAGAGAUUGAUUUUUGCUGGUAAGCAGCUGGAAGAUGGCAGAACCCUGUCAGACUACAACAUUCAGAAAGAGUCCACCUUGCACUUAGUUCUUCGUCUCAGAGGUGGGAUGCAAAUAUUUGUGAAGACCCUGACAGGGAAGACAAUUACUCUUGAAGUUGAGCCAAGUGACACUAUUGAGAAUGUAAAGGCCAAAAUCCAAGACAAGGAAGGCAUUCCCCCUGAUCAACAGAGAUUGAUAUUUGCUGGCAAACAAUUGGAAGAUGGAAGAACCCUGUCAGACUAUAAUAUUCAGAAGGAAUCUACUCUGCACUUGGUCCUUCGUCUCAGAGGUGGCAUGCAGAUAUUUGUCAAGACCUUAACUGGGAAGACCAUUACCCUUGAAGUUGAACCAAGUGACACAAUUGAAAAUGUAAAAGCAAAAAUCCAAGACAAAGAAGGCAUUCCUCCUGAUCAGCAGAGAUUGAUUUUUGCUGGUAAGCAGCUGGAAGAUGGCCGCACUCUUUCUGACUACAACAUUCAAAAAGAAUCCACCUUGCACUUAGUUCUUCGUCUCAGAGGUGGGAUGCAGAUAUUUGUCAAGACCUUAACUGGGAAGACCAUUACUCUUGAAGUUGAGCCAAGUGACACUAUUGAGAAUGUCAAGGCUAAAAUCCAGGAUAAGGAAGGAAUUCCUCCUGACCAACAAAGAUUGAUCUUUGCAGGCAAGCAGCUGGAAGAUGGCCGCACUCUCUCUGACUACAAUAUUCAGAAAGAAUCCACUCUGCAUUUGGUCCUUCGUCUCAGAGGUGGGAUGCAAAUAUUUGUCAAGACCUUAACUGGUAAAACAAUUACUCUUGAAGUUGAACCAAGUGACACAAUUGAAAACGUAAAAGCAAAAAUCCAAGACAAAGAAGGCAUUCCCCCUGACCAGCAGAGAUUGAUUUUUGCUGGUAAGCAACUAGAAGAUGGCAGAACCCUGUCUGACUACAAUAUUCAGAAAGAGUCAACCUUGCACUUAGUUCUUCGUCUGAGAGGUGGGAUGCAGAUAUUUGUGAAAACACUGACCGGGAAGACAAUUACUCUAGAAGUUGAACCAAGUGACACCAUUGAGAAUGUUAAGGCAAAAAUCCAAGACAAAGAAGGCAUUCCCCCUGAUCAACAGAGAUUGAUUUUUGCUGGGAAGCAGCUGGAAGAUGGCCGCACUCUUUCUGAUUACAACAUUCAAAAAGAGUCCACCUUGCACUUAGUUCUUCGUCUCAGAGGUGGGAUGCAGAUAUUUGUCAAGACCUUAACUGGGAAGACCAUUACUCUUGAAGUUGAACCAAGUGACACCAUUGAGAAUGUAAAGGCAAAAAUCCAGGAUAAGGAAGGCAUUCCCCCUGACCAGCAGAGAUUGAUAUUUGCUGGCAAGCAGCUGGAAGAUGGCCGCACUCUCUCUGACUACAACAUUCAGAAAGAAUCCACCCUCCACCUGGUCCUGCGUUUGAGGGGUGGGAUUUAAGACAAUCCUUUUAUGCAUCUGCUCUGCAUUACUUGCUUGUUGCACUUUGUUUCAAUAAAGCUAUUGCAUUCCAAAA